AUGGCAAUCGAGUGCCUCGUGCUAGGGGCGGGGCAGGAGGUGGGGAAGAGCUGCGUGGUGGUGACCAUCGGCGGGAAGCGCGUCAUGUUCGACUGCGGCAUGCACAUGGGUUACCACGACCACCGCCAUUACCCGGACUUUGCGCGCGCGCUCACUGCCUGGGGAGCGCCCGACUUCACCACCGCCAUCUCCUGCGUUGUCAUCACGCAUUUCCACUUGGAUCAUAUCGGGGCGCUGCCCUACUUCACCGAGGUCUGCGGGUACCACGGCCCCAUCUACAUGACGUAUCCAACAAAGGCUUUAGCUCCAUUUAUGCUUGAGGACUAUCGGAAAGUAACAAUGGAUCAGAGAGGGGAGGAAGAGCAAUAUAGCUAUGAAGAUAUUCUUAGGUGUAUGAAGAAAGUCAUACCAAUGGACUUGAAGCAGACUGUUCAAGUAGAUAAAGACCUAGUGAUCCGUGCCUAUUAUGCUGGACAUGUUAUAGGGGCUGCCAUGAUUUAUGCAAAAGUUGGGGAUGCUGCUAUGGUAUACACCGGAGAUUACAAUAUGACACCAGAUAGACAUCUUGGAGCCGCACAAAUUGAUCUCCUGAAGUUGGAUCUUUUGAUAACAGAAUCAACUUAUGCUAAAACUAUACGUGACUCAAAGCAUGCCCGAGAGAGGGAGUUCUUAAAAGCGGUACAUAAAUGUGUUUCUGGUGGAGGUAAAGUUCUAAUUCCAACGUUUGCUCUGGGAAGAGCUCAGGAACUAUGCAUGUUACUGGAUGACUAUUGGGAGAGGAUGGACUUGAAAGUUCCUAUUUAUUUUUCAGCUGGUUUAACCAUUCAAGCUAACGUGUACUACAAAAUGUUGAUUGGAUGGACUAGCCAAAAGAUCAAGGACAGCCAUGCAGUGCAUAACCCAUUUGACUUCAAGCAUGUUUGGCACUUUGAGCGUUCCUUCAUCAACAACCCUGGUCCCUGUGUACUUUUUGCAACACCUGGUAUGAUUAGUGGGGGAUUUUCUCUUGAGGCAUUUAAGAAAUGGGCACCAUCAGAGAAGAAUCUGAUUACACUUCCAGGAUAUUGUGUUUCUGGAACCAUUGGUCAUAAGUUAAUGUGUGGGAAACCUACAAGGAUUGAUUACAAGGACACUCAUAUUGAUGUCAGAUGUCAGAUUCAUCAACUAGCAUUCAGUCCUCAUACAGACUCCAAAGGGAUUAUGGAUCUGACAGAAUUCCUGUCACCCAAACAUGUAAUUCUCGUUCAUGGUGAAAAGCCUCAGAUGGCUUUUCUGAAGGAGAGGAUUGAAUCUGAACUGGGGAUGCCUUGCUAUUUCCCAGGGAAUAAUGAAUCCGUCUCCAUUCCGACAACCCAGAACCUUAAAAUGAGUGCUACAGAAAGGUUCAUUACAAGCUGUGCUGUGGAGCAAGGUAAACGUAGCCUGCACAAGCGGAACCUGAUUUGUCGUACAGGUUUGUCAGAAGUGAUUGGCAGUGAUGAGGAGGCGGUGGAGGGCGUUCUUCUGAUGGAGAAACACAAGUCUCCGAAAAUUCUUUGUGAGGAUGAGCUCCUUGAGGUACUGGGCAUGGAGCGGCAUCUUGUCCAGUUUGAACCAAUGGUCUCCAGAAUUGUAGCUGCUGUUGAAUCGGAGUUGCAGCGGGCUAAGGCAGCGGAUUUAGAUAGCGAUGGGAAAUGA